AUGCAUCUCAACUAUCUGGCAAUUUUAGUUGGUUUUGCAGGGGCAACUCUUGCUGCUCCAGCACCUGAUAUGCCGCCCGGCCCUGAGAUUAUGAGACGUGGAGAUGAGGAUCAGAACAAUAACCAGAAUAAUAAUUGGGGACCCGGCUGGGGUGGUGGUUGGGGACAUCCCGGCUGGGGAGGUGGCUGGAGAGGGUGGUGA